AUGCGCAUCGCGACGGGCAAGAUGGCGACCCACGUUGCGCCGCGGCUGCUAACGAUUUCUUGGCCCGCGCGAGGGCUAUUGCCGUGCUCCUCGCGCCUCCUCGGCUUCCAGUCUCUUGGCUUGGGAGCGCGCGCCCUCAGUACGCAUGCGCCCGAGGGUGGCGGCGGCGGCGGCGGCAGGGGCCUCGGAGCCCCUUCCUGGGGCUGGUAUGAGGCCUUGGCUUCGUCGGCGCCCGUCGCCUGUGCGGAGGCCGGCUUGGCCACGCUGCAGGCCGCCUCGGGGCUCCCGUGGUGGGCCACCGUGGUGACUGCCAGCGCACUCCUCCGCACGGGCCUCACGCUCCCUCUCGCCGCCUUACAGAGCCGCGUCCUCGCCAAGCUGGAAAACUUGCAACCUGAAAUUCAAAGCCUAGCCAAGCAUCUCCGCUAUGAAGUUUCAGUAUAUGCAAAACAACAGGGUUGGUCUGAAAAACUAGCCAGGUUACAUUUCAAGAAGAACCUGAAAAGGAUUGUUUCGGACUUGUAUGUUCGUGAUAACUGCCAUCCUGUCAAGGCCAGCCUACUUAUAUGGAUACAGAUUCCACUCUGGGUCUUUGUUUCCAUUGCUUUGCGGAACUUCAGUGUUGGUAGAGCAUCUUCUGAAGGGCUUUUCAUUCAGGAGCAACUUUCCACAGGUGGCAUGCUUUGGUUUCCAGAUCUUACUGUACCUGACCCCACUUGGAUCAUGCCAAUCAUUCUUGGAGUCCUCAAUCUGCUGAUAGUGGAGAUUUUUGCUUUACGAAAAAUAGAAUCUUCCAGAUUUCAGAGGUAUGCUACAAACUUCUUCCGUGGGAUAUCUAUAUUUAUGAUCCCAGUUGCUGCAACUGUGCCUUCGGCCAUAGCUUUGUACUGGGUAUCAUCAAGUUUCAUGGGCCUCUUACACAACCUUUUGCUACGCUCCCCUGCUUUCCGUAGAUUGUGCCGCAUUCCUCGGACCAAAUCUGAUUCAGACACUCCUUACAGGGACAUUGUUUCUGCUUUCUACGUAAAAUAUUUCUUCAAGUAAAUUAAUUAGUUGUUGAGAAGAUAUGUGAUACAGACAUAGGUGACUGAAACAUGGUGAAAGAUUCAUACUCCAUGUAAACAAUGACAAAUGUGGCAUUAUAUUUAUUUUGAUAAUAAAGGAGCACAUACAAUAAAAAAGUAUACAGAGA